AAAAAGUGAAACGUUUCCAAAUGUUCAGCAGCUUUUAACUGAGGCUUCAGUGUGAAGGAGGAGACAAAGUUCAGAUCCACAGAGCUGCUCCUCUUCCUGGAUUGAGUCAAAGCUCCAUAAGCCCUCCCUCUUCUCUCUGAUGUCAAACACUGCAGCUCCACUCUGUCCUCAUGUUUCCUUGUUCCCUCCCCUUCUCAUCUGCUGUGUAGCUCACAGAUCAAACUGCUUUCACUUUUGAGGAAAGUGAAAGUCAGACAGUCGUUGUCACUGAGAGGCGAAAUGGCGCAGAAAGGAGCUCAGCUGGACCGGGAAACCUUCUCUUGUUCCAUCUGUCUGGAUCUACUGAAGGAUCCGGUGACGAUUCCCUGUGGACACAGCUACUGUAUGAACUGUAUUAACAGCUUCUGGGAUGAAGACGAUGAGAAGACAAUCCACAGCUGCCCUCAGUGUAGGCAGACCUUCAUACCGAGGCCUGUCCUGGUGAAGAGCACCAUGUUAGCAGAUUUAGUGGAGCAGCUGAAGAAGACUGGACUCCAAGCUGCUCCUGCUGAUCACUGCUAUGCUGGACCUGAAGAUGUGGCCUGUGAUGUCUGCACUGGGAGAAAACUGAAAGCCCUCAAGUCCUGUCUGGUCUGUCUGGUCUCUUACUGUGACAAACACCUCCAGCCUCACUAUGAUGUGGCUCAGUUUAAGAAACACAAGCUGGUGGAGCCCACUGAGAAGCUCCAGGAGAACAUCUGCUCUCGUCAUGAUGAGGUGAUGAAGAUGUUCUGCCGUACUGAUCAGCAGUGUAUCUGUUAUCUCUGCUCUGUGGAUGAACAUAAAGGCCACGACACAGUGUCAGCUGCAGCAGAAAGGACUGAGAGGCAGAGAGAAGUCGAGGUGAGUCUACAAAACAUCCAGCAGAGAAUCCAGGACAGACAGAAAGACCUGAAGGUGCUUCAACAGGAGGUGGAGGCCAUCAGUCGCUCUGCUGAUAAAGCAGUGGAGGACAGUGAGAAGAUCUUCACUCAGCUGAUCCGUCUCAUGGAGAAAAGAAGCUCUGAUGUGAAGCAGCAGCUCAGAUCCCAGCAGCAAACUGAAGUGAGUCGAGUCUUGGAGCUUCAGGAGAAGCUGGAGCAGGAGAUCACUGAGCUGAAGAGGAAAGACGCUGAGCUGAAGAAGCUCUCACACACAGAGGAUCACACCCAGUUUCUACACAACUACCCCUCACUGUCAGCACUCAGUGAGUCCACACACUCAUCCAGCAUCAACAUCCGUCCUCUGAGACACUUUGAGGAUGUGACGGCUGUUGUGUCAGAGCUCAGAGACAAACUACAGGACGUCCUGAGGGACACAUGGACAAACAUCUCAGAGGCUGAAGUGGAUGUUUUACUGUCAGGACCAGAGCACAAGACCAGAGCUGACUUCUUAAAGUAUUCACAUGAGAUCACACUGGAUCCAAACACAGCACACACACUGCUGUUAUUAUCUGAGGGGAACAGAAAAGUCACAGGAAUGAAACAACGUCAGUCUUAUCCUGAUCACCCAGACAGAUUCACUGGCUGGCCUCAGGUCCUGAGCAGAGAGAGUCUGACUGGACGUUGUUACUGGGAGGUGGAGUGGACAGGGAGGAGAGUUUGUGUAGCAGUCGCAUACAAGAACAUCAGCAGAGCAGGGAGGUUGACUGAAUGUGUAUUUGGAUUCAAUGACAAAUCCUGGUCGUUAUGUUGUGACACAAACAGUUAUGUGUUUUGUUACAACAAUAUCAAAACUCGUGUCUCAGGUCCUCAGUCCUCCAGAGUAGGAGUGUACCUGGAUCACAGUGCAGGUAUUCUGUCCUUCUACAGCAUCUCUGAAACCAUGACUCUCCUCCACAGAGUCCAGACCACAUUCACUCAGCCUCUCCAUGCUGGACUUUGGAUUUUGGAUGUUGGAGCCACUGCUGAGUUGAUUAAACUGGAACAGACAGAAGUCAUUUGAGGUUCAGUGGGUUCAGUUCUGUGUUUUAACUCUUCAGCUUCUUUUGUCUUCAUGUUUGUUGCUGAGAGCUGAUUGUUGUGGCGUACUUUGACGUCUUCUCACUUGUUGUUCUGUAAAUGUCUGACCUUGUUUAGCUGCUUCUCCUUCCUGUGUCUGUUUGGCCAUGGAGGCUCUCACUGCUCACGCUGACUUUAGUUCAGCUGAACUGAUGAAGAAGCAAACGUCUCGGAGCUCUAAAUGUGUGUUUCAUCCCAUAAUUAUGACUUAAAGUGGGAAUAUUUGAAUUAUUUCUUAAUGUUUAUCUUUUAAUGAGAGAAACGGGCUUCCAUACUGUUCUCACCACCUUUUGAAUAAAUCUUUAUUUACAUUUACAUUCAUGUGAUUGACAGACCAAAUCAUGUUGUUGUUGUUGUUCUGACAGUGUGAUUAUCCUGAUGAUAAUCAAUAAGGAGCUCAUUGAUUAUGUCCUUGUGCACAGCUGAGAUUCUGCUCAAACAAACUGACUGUGUGGAUGAAGUGAAUCUGUACAUGAAAUCACUGAACAAGAGCCAUUUAACAGACUUUACUGAUGGGCCGUGUGAACAAACUGAAGGUUUCCAUCAUGAAUAAACACACAUGAACAAAGUCUUGUCUUCUUGUCUUCCUCCUGAAACACCACAGCCUUCAUGUUGAGAGAAGAAGAGCUUCUGUCGGUCCGUCUGUCCUUUCAGCAGCUUCGUCACAGAGAAACGAGCAGAGUUUUCUAUCACUUGUUGCUUCUGUCAAGCAGCACUUUGAUUUGGUCGAUAAAGAGGAUU